AUUUCAAAGGCCAUGGAAUGCUCCCUGAACAGCUAGCUGCUUGCUCUCUACCCAAGUGUUGACACCUCGUAAGAAAUAAUGAUAGCAACUUCUUGGGAUGUUGCUCAGGAGUUCAGAUCUUGUGACUGCCUUUCUGGAAGAAGUUAUUUUAUGUAAAUAUCAUUACUUUCUGCUUUAGAGCAGAGAGAAUUUUCCCAGAGCUAGUGAAGCAAUUGCCUGAAGAGGAGAAGCCAGAAAGUGGUAAAAAGGGACUUAAGAGAUGAAAGUAUAUCUUGGAGACUGGAAAGUUAAUAUCCAAUGGAAUCGAAUAAGCUUUGGCAUCUGUGUCUGUAGGAGUUCCUUCUCGUGAACACUGUCACCUAAUUUCUUUCAGAUUCCCAGAGACUCCAGAAGGAUGUCUUACCAGCAGCAGCAGUGCAAGCAGCCCUGCCAGCCACCUCCUGUGUGCCCUGAACCAUGCCCACCUAAGUGCCCUGAACCAUGCCCACCUCCAAAGUGCCCUGAACCAUGCCCACCUCCAAAGUGCCCUGAGCCAUGCCCACCUGUGCAGUGCCCACCUCAGCCAUGCCAGCAGAAAUGCCCUCCUGUGCAGGUAUUCCAACCCUGCCAGCAGAAGUGCCCACCUAAGAGCAAGAAUCUUCAGGAUUCAUCAGGAUCAUGA